UGCUCUGGUUUGAGUUUUUGGUGUAAUCUGAUAAAAACACCAAAAGAUCAAGUUUUGGGUUGGUGGGUGGGGACAUCAACUGGGAAACUUGUCCUCUCAUUAGUACAUUGUAUUUGCUGAAACGGUGGACAGCAAAUUUGCUUAGUGUAAUUGAUGCAGUGUUGAUUCCAUUGGAUAUUUCCAUCAUCUAAAUUUGGCAGGAGAAAGAGAAGGACAUGGAAUGGCACAUACCGUUACAUUUGACAUACGCAAUAAGUGCCCCUUCCCCAUAUGGCCAGCAACUGCUCCCAACAAUGGACAGCCAGUGAUAGCUGAUGGCGGCUUCUAUCUCCCUGCCGGUCAGACUCGGCGCAUUUCUGCCCCUUGGUCAUGGAACGGUCGGAUUUGGGCCCGAACUGGAUGCAACUUUGCCUCAAACUGGAAUCCUGCAUGUGAAACAGGAGACUGUGAUGGGCGCUUAGCAUGCAAUGGACUAAUAGGCACUCCACCAGUGACAUUAGUGCAAGUUUCGCUUCAAGGUGACAAAGACAGGCCAAAUUUCUAUGAUGUGAGCUUGGUUGAUGGAUACAAUCUUCCUGUUGCAGUCUUGUCAAAGCCAGUAGCAUCUAAUUGUGGCAUUGGAGGGUGUUUGAAGAAUUUGAAAAGUUGGUGUCCAGAAGAACUGAAGGUCUUAAACUCCAAGGGGGAAGUGGUGGCUUGCAAAAGCGCUUGCUUGGCUUUUAACACUGACCCGUUUUGUUGUAGGAAUGAGUAUGGAACCCCAGCAAAAUGCAAGCCAAGUGUGUACUCAAAGAUAUUCAAAGAUGCUUGCCCUUCUUAUUAUAGCUACGCUUAUGAUUCACCCCCUCCAUUGGUGACUUGCAAGUCAAGUGAGUAUGUGAUCACCUUUUGUCCUUCAGGCUGGGGCACUGGUGCCUAUACCUCCAUAUAGAGUAGUUUGCUUCAUUUGUGGUAAUCUAGCUAGUUUCGCAUUUGAAUAAAAUGUAAUUUUCAUUGUAUCAGUAUAGUUUUUCUUUUGGGUGGAGUAUAAUUAUUGCUUUAAAUUGCAAUGGUUAUGCUAAACUUGGACUUUGGAAUUGGAUUUGUAUACAAUAUAAUAAUGUUCCUCAUGUAACUAUUGAGCACG